UAAAUGACUAGCUCCGAAGUAAUCAAGGCCAAUCCAUCCUCGAAACCGCCAAACAAGCCCAACACAACCUGUAAACGGUAAGGGAUACCUGAGAAGGGCAGUGCAGGGACACGGCUGUUUCAUAUGUGCGUUUGGUGGACAUUAGGUUCUAGGUCCCUCCGCGCGCUCACAUACGCGGUAUGCUAGCAUGAAAGCGAGGCGCUUGUUUUGAAGACACGAGGUCAAACCAGAGAAAGAAAGCUCUUUUAAACAGCUGAAUUCUCAGCUGAAUUUCCUCCUUCAUUCCUAAAACCACAUCAAACAAAGUGUGAAGCACAUUCACAAGGCAACAUGUAUAAACUUUAUUUGUACUGUUUGGUGAGAUUCGAGAAGAAAUAUGGGUAAAACCGCUCGGCAAAUUUUACAUUUCGAAGAUGGCAUCAGCAGAAGUUGGAUUUUUCGUGAACUUCACGGCGGGAUAUGACAGGGACUCACACUUAUUCCUUCAAUUCGGUACUUCAAUCUUCAGCCCAACUUCUUGUACUAUGGUUUGUCUCUCCUCUUGGCCCAUCCUUUGCAUCUCAGCCUUUUUCGGUCGCAUGGAGCUGCUAUAGGCUGCGUCAGAGCCUCUUUACAUAUAGCACAGAAAACAAAGUCGGGAGGACACACAAAGCGUUCAGUUUCUGGCAAUUUGUUAACUGCGGUAAUCAUUUCCUUUGGUAUUGACUGAAUAUUCGUGGCUGUGUUGCUCUGCUCGUUUUGGGAUUAACCCUUUGGUCUUUCUCUUCCCACGCCCUUUUUUGGGGGCCGUCCGCCUUGCCUUUUGGCUGCAAAAAUUAAACAUAUUUUGCAUUGUAGAGAAUGCCGGCCCCAAGUAAAAAGCUUUCUAACAUUGCGUUUGUCAAGGUGUGAAUAGCAAGUAUGGCAUACUUGUUCAGGAUGGAUCAGUUGGUUGUCUUUUUCGAUGUUGAUGCCAUAGAUUUGAUAAAUUUUAGAUUUUACAAAUUCAUUGGUUUUCCAAAACUUGCUACUUCUUCAACAACACAACAAUUUUUUCAACUUUAUUCAUACUGUAGAGGUAAUGGAUGUGAAGUUGCACUGCCAACAAUAACAAAGUUUGUUACCUGCAUGCUAUAUAUUGAACGAUUUUAGUUUAUUACAUCACUCCAUAAUCUGGACAAAGAUUCUUUGUUAGAGCAGGAGAAUUUUCCAGGUUUACUUUUAGAUGGAAGUUCAUCCCGAAGUAGAGAUGUUUUGUCCACCACAUGUAAUUCAAACUUUGUAUAAAUAUAUCAUUUUCUUUUAAGAAAAUUGAUAUUUAUGAAUAAUACUUACCUAAAAUCUAAAUUGAAUAAUGCUCAUUUGCCAUCAAAUGAUAUGCACCGGAACAAAAGUAUUGUAUUCCCGGAUGUACCAACUAUAUUACCCAGGCCCCGCCGGUAAUACACCACUACGUUUUGUGCAACUAGCAGCAGCAGUAGAAGGAUCUCAAAGCGGCGAUGUGGAGUACACCUAACCAGGAGUAUGGUGGGCAAAAUCAUUUAGAUUUUAGUAAACCAUUUCGUAAACUUAGCCUAAAAUCUGAAUUGAAUACCUGAUUAUCAUGAUUAAUGGUGGGUACAUCCUAAAGAUUGAAGUAGCCACUAAAUCCAGCAGGUUAAAUUCCUCACUGGAAUACUGUGACCAAGUUGAAGAACAUCCACUGAAUGGACACUUUAAAUCAAUGACUGUUGGCACAAAAACAAGUAAGAGCUUUAGCUAUAGAUCCCUUUUACAGUAGACUGAGCUACAGAGAGUGGACCAAGUCUGUGGAUCUUUUCUGAGAAACCUGACAUGUCCCUGAGAUAUUAGCUAGUUAAUGUGGAUUCAUUGUUCCAAUAUGCUGCUUUAAAAAUACUAUCUAAAGGCGCAUCGUUAAAUAGUGCCCAAGAAGAUGCGAUAGCUCGAGCUUCAUGGGCUGAUAUACCAGCCAAAUCUCUAUAAUACUCUUUGUCACCCAAGGUACAGUAAGCCUGUCUUAUAGCAGAUCUAAUCCACCUUGAGAUAGAGUUAGGUGUUAAUUUGUUAGACCCAUCACCUAACUUAUAAGGAAUGAAAAGCCAAAAGCAGUUUCCUCGUUUGGGCUGAGUACGCCUAAUAUAUACUUUAGAUUGUAUAAUCCUCUGAAUUGCUUUUUUUUAAUCUUCAUGCAUUUCUUUAUUUUCCUCUACGCUACUACCAUCGCUACCGUCGCCGUCAUUUCUCAUAUUGUCUACAUCAGUAUCUUGAUUGCUGUAAGUGCUACCAUUUUCCUUAGAAUCAGUAUCGCCACUGUCACUUUCAACAUCGAUAUCCUCGAUACCACUUCCAUCAUUUGCAUCAUUGUCAUCAUCAUCGUCGUAGUCCUCCUUAUCACUAACAUUAUCAUCACCACCUUGCCAUUGUUUGAAACAAAAUUCGGAGUCGGCUUCAAGGAGCAUGGAUUCGGAUUAACAAUUAAUUAUUGUUCAACAUGAAUAACAACAUUUUUCUCUCCAUCAAAAUGCUGUCGACUAGAGCUUGAAAGGCUUGAAGCGGAAUAGGCUAGUGAAUGUGGAUUGUAAAUUCGAACAAUGUUAAAAAACUGUAGACCGCUUAAACCCCUCCUUGAGAUAAUUAUACCUUGUUUUAUGUAAUUGUGUGCCUUAGCUAUUGCUAGCGACUCUGACGCGUCCGGUAGAAUACCAAUCCAAAAUCAACCAUUUUUACUUUACUCCUCUUCACUCGCUGUUGCGGAUAAGGCGUGUCCUUUUAAUUGUCACACAGAAUGGCAAUUCAACCGCCUCAAGGUCCUUUUUAGUUAGCUGCGAUAGGAGCCUAAACUCAUUUACAGUUGUGAACUGAAAAGAACCAAAAAUAUAAGAAUGUAUAUUGUACAGGGUAUAAAAUAUCUUUAACCCUUUCCGGACCAGGUAGCACUACAGUGCUACCUGACCACGUUGUCAUAUAAUUAGGGAGUCCUGUGGUACCCAUUUGCCGUGAAUUAGAACUUUUAGGGGCCUGGGCACUAAAAUAUGUAAGAGGAAGCCAUUUUCUUUUGAGACAUUCAAAGAUCAUCGAUUUCUCGUGUUUUGGAGUGAUAUUUUUCAAUUUUUCGACCUGAUGUUUACAGCUGGGGUAUUUAAAAAUGGCGUCAGUUAGAGUGAGAAGAAAUCGGCAGCGAAAUCUAACGGUAGAUGAAGUUUUAUCGAGUGUUUUUGACGAAAACACAACAGAUUUGGACUCUUCUGACUCGGAGGAUGGCGAAGAUGAAUUACCAACGUUAUUCCCGGCAAUUCCAGCCGAUCUAGAAGACGAUUCUGUCGAAAGUGUAAGCUCUUAUGAGGACUCCAGCAGCUCUUCGAGUGAUUCAGAGUUUGAUCGACGUCAAAGUGUGACAAAUCAGCGACAAGAGAAAGCGAGAAAUCUUCGUGAAUGUUCACAAAAUGCUCGAAGAACUAUUCGAGGGGUUCGCAGAGGAAGAGGUGCCAGGCGAGGCAGAGCAAUUUCAGUUCAACAAAGGAGAGAAAUCCAAGAUGGCGGCCGUCAACAAUAUAUUUGGUCGAAAGAGGUCAACAGAAGAAUUUUAAAACCGUUUACAAAUGCUGUUGGGCUGGCAAAUAGAGGACAGAGGAGGGAGAAAUCUGCUCUUGAGUAUUUUGAAUUAUUUUUUGACCAAGAGGUUUGGGAUUGCCUCGUCACUAUGACCAACCUGAAUGCAGAGAGGAAGGGAGCCAAGGGUACUAGUGGUGGACAAUGGAAACCAAUAACACAGGAUGAAAUGAAGGCCUUUUUUGGCUUGAACAUUGCUAUGGGAAUUGUUAAACUUCCUGAGGCAAAAAUGUAUUGGCAGAAGAAAAUAUGGCUCUUGACUGUUCCCUCAUUCAGUCAAGUCAUGUCUCGUAACAGAUUCUUUCAGAUUCUACAGUACAUUCAUGUCUCAGAUGACUCCAACAUUGUGCCUUCUGGGCAACCUGGUUAUGAUAAAUUGCAUAAAAUCAAGCCACUUUUGAAUCUUCUUUUCCCUAAAUUUGAAAAUGCCUACAAUCUGCACAAAAACAUUUCAAUUGAUGAGUGCAUGAUUCCAUGGAGAGGACGUUUAUCAUUUCGCCAGUUUAUUGCGAACAAACCUGUCCGGUUUGGUAUCAAGGUUUGGGUGCUAGCCGAUUCUGAAUCAAAGUAUGUCUACCGACAGCAACUGUACAUUGGAAAGAAUCCUGGGGAAAGAGCUGAGGUUGGACUGGCAGCAAGGGUUGUAAAAGAGCUGUGUUCAGGCCUUGAAGGUAUGGGACAUCACCUCUAUACUGACAACUAUUAUACCAGUGUUGAACUCUAUCAGUUCUUGUUUGACAACCAAAUAUAUGCAUGUGGAACAAUAAAGGGAAACAGAAAAAACUUUGCAAAGGAGGUUCUAUUUGAGAAUACAAGAGGACUUGCUAGGGGUAGUAGUAAGUGGCUUAUGUGUGGACCUCUUCUGGCAGUGGGGUGGCUUGACAACAAGGCUGUAUAUUUUUUAUCUACAAUUCACCCCCCUGAGUUUCCAGUUCGUGCUCCAGUCCAUGCAAGAAAUGUCAAAAGAAGAGGUGCAGGUGAAGGAGGACAAAGUGGCGAUAUUCCUUGCCCACCCCUUCUCAAAGAUUAUAAUGCCUAUAUGGGGGGUGUGGACCAGUCUGACCAGAUGCUUAGGUACUAUACAUGUAUCAGAAAGACGGUGAAAUGGUACCGUCGUGUACUGUUUCAUGAAGUAGAGGUGGCAAUCCACAAUGCUUUUGUGUUAGAGUGUGAGGAUAGAGAGGGUACACCUAGACCAAUCAGAACCUCUCUGGAGUUCAGAGAAGAGCUUGCUGAGAACUUGAUUGGCAACAUGCGGGUUGCCCAUAAUGCUGCCCAGAGACCCCCCAGAAAUGAGGAGCUAAGACUGACUGAUGUUGGUUUGCAUUUGCCUGAAAUGCGUCAGGAUAAGGGUAACUGUGCUGUUUGUAGUAAGAAAAUAAGAAAAACCCACUCUGACAGGUAUAAGGAUGUGCCAUUGGCCAGAAGACCCAAGGUUCCCUACGUGCCACGCCCUAGCAUCUAUUGCAAUGUGUGUAAUGUCUUCCUCUGCUUGCAGAAAGAUCAAAACUGUUGGAAAGAUUUCCAUACAAAAGUGGAGUACUGGCGAUAGACUAUGUUUUUAGGUGUUUUUGCAUUGACAUUUUCUAGUUUUUAUGAAAUUAUGUUAUGUGUCUAAAGAUAAAAUAUUGAUUUUUAGUAUGAUAUUUUUUGAUAAAUUCUUAUUUUGUAAAUUCAAUUUCCAUCAAACCAAUGUACUGAGUACUGAAAUAUCUAAUUUAAAGUAAAGAACAACAUUUAAGCUUUAAUUUCAUAUAUAACAUAAAGUACAUUUCAAAGUCUGGGUUGUCCCAAUAAAUAUUCUUUCGUUAUCACA